UAAGGAGGAGGCUUGAGCCAGUCAACUUUUAGCGGCGGGACAUGCUGAAGAGUGUAUCGCCACCUUGCAGUAGAGCCAGGCCCGGGGCCCGCGCUCCGCAAAGAUAAGUAGCAGCUCUUAAGAUCGGCUCGACUGAGUUCGUCAAGGGGCCGACAGAAAGUGGUUGCACACUUUAAAGUGGUCGCGCCCCUCGGAUCCAAAAUCACAUGCUCCCGUGGCUCUCGUGCCCGAAGCUCAUUCUGCAGGUCGACCUUCCAUUCGGCAUUCUGUAGCGCUCUGCAGCGUUCAACUGUUUGCAGCGUCGUGACUUUCCACUUUCCCACUACGGAGCCGUUCGGGCGUCCAGGCUUCGCUUGGGUCGCUCGCUUCGGCUGGAUUCAAAUCAAAACGGGGUCGCACUUCCAUCUGGGCGACGCGUAGAAGCCAAUACGGCAGACCAGGAGCGCUGUCUGUAGUCCGGGAAGGCGCGGAGGGCGCCUUACAGAUACAGAGAACUAGCAGGAUGGCCAGCCCAAGUGUGGAUAUGGGCGGCUGCUUGGAAGAGCAAUAUUUGGAGGUACUGGCAGCGUUGCACAGCGACGCAGUGGCCGCCGCGACCUUGUGCCGUGUCUUCAGUUCCCGCGAGCGCACGGAGGAGGUCGCGUUUGGCCUUAACACGGUAUUCAUGCUGUUCAGCGCCGCGCUGGUGUUUAUAAUGCACGGAGGGUUCGCGAUGCUGGAGGCGGGGGCAAUCCGCAGCAAGAACGCGAUGAACAUCCUACUGCAGACAGUGCUGGACGGAGCAGCCAGCGCUGUGAUGUGGUACCUGGUGGGGUUCGGCUUUGCAUACGGCAUUGGCGACAACCCCAACGGCUUUAUCGGCGACGCGCUGUUCGGGCUGUCGCGCUACUCCAGCCACAACACCGGCACCGGCGUGGGGCAGUGGACCAACUGGUUCUUCCAGUGGGCCUUUUGCGCCACUGCCGCCACCAUCCCGGCUGGGGCGGUGGCUGAGCGAUUCAACUUCAACGCAUACCUAGGCUACUCGCUGUUCCUGGGCGGGUUCGUGUACCCGGUGGUGGCGCACUGGGUGUGGUGCCCCACGGGGUGGCUGGGGUACGGCAAGGCCACCGCGCCCUUCCUGGGGGCGGGCAUGGUGGACUUCGCGGGCAGCGGCGUGGUGCACAUGACCGGAGGCCUGGCGGGCCUGACCGGCGCCUGGCUGGUGGGUCCGCGCCUGGGCCGCUUCGACAUGGACGGCCGCCCAGUGCCCAUGCCCGGCCACAGCGCCAUCCUGGUGGUGCUGGGCACAGUGCUGCUGUGGUUCGGAUGGUACGGCUUCAACCCCGGCUCAGCGCUGGUGGCGGACGUGCGCAGCAGCGCCCUCAUCGCCGGCCGCGCCGCCGUGACCACCACUCUGUCGGGCGCGGCGGGCGGGCUGACCUGCCUGCUGCUGGGCUUCUUCCGGCACGUGGCGUGGGACCUGAUCAGCCUGUGCAACGGCAUGCUGGUCGGCUUCGUGGCGGUCACGGCCGGAUGCCACGUCAUUGAGCCCUGGGCGGCUCUCAUCUGCGGCUUCUGCGCGGCCUUCAUCUUCGAGGGCACCUGCGUGCUGCUGCUGCGGCUGCGGGUGGACGACGUGGUCAGCGCCGGACCCAUGCACGGCUGCUGCGGCGCCUGGGGGGUGCUGUUCGUGGGGCUGCUGGCCAAGGAGGAGUACAUCCAGCAGGCCUACGUGCGCGACAGCUACCCCUACGGCCUCUUCUACGGCGGCGGGGGGCUGCUGCUGGCCAGCCAGGUGAUCGGCAUUCUGUCCAUCGCGGGCUGGGUGCUGGGCACCAUGGGCCCCUUCUUCCUGCUGUUCCGGGCGGCCGGCAGCCUACGCAUUAGCGCCGAGGACGAGCACAAGGGGCUGGACGCCUCCAAACACGGGGGCUCCGCCUACCACCACCACCACGGCGGCGGCCCCGCCGGCGCCUUCUACGGCGGCAGCCCCAACGGCCCAACCGCCGGCAUGGGCGGCAUGGGCCUCGGCCUGGGCGGCAUGGGUAUGGGCAGUAGCCAUCACGUGGUGCCGCACCCGCACCUGGGCAUGGGCCUGGGACUGGGCAUGGUGGACUCCAACCCCAACAGCACCACCGCGGCGGGCGGCCCGCACACGCACCCGCACCUGCGCCCGCACUCGCCGCACGGCGGCGCGGGCGGCCCCGGCCCGGGCGGCGCGCCCGCGCACACGCUGCUCGCCAACGGCGGCACACACUACCACCAGGUGUACAACGGCAAGAUGGUCCCUGGCGACUCCAUCAUGCGCGGCAACACACUCGGCCACUUCCACAACGGCUCCAACGGCGGCGCCGGCACCACCCACCACAGCUACGGCGGCAUCGGCAACUUCAGCGCCCACCACUACGCCAGCGGCGGCGCCGGCUCCCUGGGUGUGGGCGGCGGCGCCUCGGCCGACCCCACCGGGCACGGCCCCAGCGCGGCUGGCGGCCUUCUAGGCGUGGCAGGCGUGGCGGGCGCGGCGGCGGCGGCGGCGGUGGGGAUGGUGGUGUCGGGCGGUGGCGCGGCGCCGUCGCAGCAGCAGCCACAGCAGCAGCCACAGCCACAGCCGCAGCCGCACUUGGACUCGUCGCCGGGGACGGAGGCGGCGACGGCGACGGCGGCAGGGGCAGGGGCAGGGGCAGGGGCAGGGGAGGGUGCAGGGGCGGGGGGCGAGGUGAUGCUGGUGGAUAUAUCGGCGGGGCCGCAGCAGGGAGGGGCGGCCAAGCCGCUCGGGAGUGCGACGGUGGAUGCGGUGGUGGAGGCGCCAGGGUCAGCACUGGCAGCGGCGGCUGCACCCGGUGCUGCCUCGACAUAAGUGUGACCGCAGACAUCUUGGCCGGGUGUUCUUAGAGCUAGUAGUUGUCGGGUGAGGCGGGGUACAGGUGAGCAUGAGCGUGUUGAUACUGAGAAGAGGGACAGAGAUGACAGCAAGCGGAGCGGUAAGUAGCGUGGUGUGUGCGGGAGGUGAAGGGCUGGAUGGCGCGCGUACAGCAGCGGCGGGGUGCGUACCGGCGGUGGUGGGGGUGCCGGAGAGUGACCGAUAACGUCAGAACAUACGGAUCGCAGGAGUAGGAUCAAGUGAACGACUAGGUGAAGGAGAGAUAACUGGGAACGAGUGACUGCAUGGGUGUGGGACGUGUGGGAUAAUGCACAGCUGACAUUAGUGUUGGGUGGGUUCAGGGCGUGGGAAGGGGAAUCGUAUAUGAUCAUGAGGCUGCAGGCGAGCCGCGGCGGAGACAGAGAAAGGCGUAGAACGACUUGGUCAUCGAAGUAUGCGCGCUAAAGUGCGGGGUCAAAUGUUACGCGUGACGUAAGGAGCGUGUGUGAUCUUGCUCUGACGUGGAGGGGGUCAGGUUGCGGCCAGGACAGGACAGGCACCCUGCCGCAGCACUCAGAGCGCUCCUAGUAGCAAUAGCAUAGCAAAGGUACUGGACGCCGAUGUGCGAUGUUUGUUACGGCAGGGCUACGGUAUCCUUAAUGCACCCCCGGCACGACAAGCAGUGUGAGCGCUCUGAAGGGGUUUGAAGUACCGUAUCACGGUUUGCUCGGCGGGGCGGCAAGACGGGGCGGGGCGGGACGGCAAGACUAUGCACUCUGCAGUCCAUGGCCGCGGCACUGCUGACGGCGCUCGUGCAGAACGCCGCAGGUCCGCGGGCCAGUGGGGCGCCCGCGGGGCACUUCGGGAGGCACUGCGGACGACCUGCGAUGUGCCACAACGCAGAGGCUGUUAUGUGUCACUGCACGGAGCCCGGACAUGUUGCCUGUUGUGUGCGGUUACAUGGUGGUGAGCACGACGUGCAUUCCUGUCGUCGUAGCAACCGAGGCCCGGGCCGGGGGACCCUUAUAACGCCUGCAACACUUACAUGUG